CAACAAAACCACACAACAACAAGAAGAAGAAGAUAUCUCAGCCAAGCAAGUGAUGCAGACAACAACAGUUGCAGAGCAGGCAGUGGUGCAAAGCAGGGACGACGUCGACGAGCAACAGGGGAAGAAGAAGAAGAUGAGGGUGAUGGUGGCCAUGGACGGAAGUGAGGGGAGCUUCUAUGCGCUCAAGUGGGCCCUUGACCUUCUUCUUGUGGGGCCCAAGGACAACGCCGAUGAUGUGGCUACAAGCACACGCACGGAGACCCUGGAAGCACCUCAUGCAGGGAGCCAUGAGAGUGUGAGUAUGGUGACUCUGGUUUAUGUUAUGCAGCCGUUCCAGAACUACGUCCUCCCUGCUGCUGGGUCUGCUGAAUUGCGCAAAGAACAAGAAGAAAGGGCUGCCGCUAUACUCGCCCGCGCCUUGGAGAUUUGCAAGGAUAAGAUGAUCAAAGCAGAAACCCUAAUUCUAAGUGGAGAUCCGAAGGACAUGAUUUGUGAAGCCACAGAGCAGAUGCAUGUGGAUCUUUUGGUUGUAGGCAGCCGUGGCCUUGGCAUGGUCAAGAGAGCAUUCAUAGGAAGCGUGAGUGACUACUGCGCACAUCAUGCAAAAUGCCCAGUUGUAAUUGUGAAGCCACCAAAGGAGUCUGGAAAGCCAUCGAAGGAGUCUGGAAAGAAGUAGCUUUUUAUGUAUGAAAAUGAAAUGUAUCAAUAAAUAACAUUUGGUGUGAAUUGAAAAAGCUCCUUUUCAUGUAAUCAUUACAAAUGCUUAUGUAGAAAACAUUUUGCUCCCAUUUGGGAGUGGUUAUCUAGAAGCAAAUCUGCUCUAGGACCACUUUUAUUAUAACCACAACAAAAAAUUUUACUCAAAA